GAAUAUAUGGAUGCCAGCUUACAUUAAUUGGUAGUUCUUUCACAUUACCAUGACCAUGGAAACAUGGACUAAGUCUAUGCUAUAAAACUCUUUCAGCAACAUUGUGAGGAAUAGCUCUACUGGAGAUGCAGCUCUGAGGUCUCCGUGUUAGCUUGGCUUUGUAUUCUUCUCCAGACAGGCUCUCUCCUUUGUGUGUGGAGUCUGAGCCCGUGGUUCUGCUAUAAAGGGUUGGUCCAAGCCUGAGUAUAUCAAGCUUCAGAAAAAGCAAGAAGCUGGAAUUAUUACCUCCACCAGCACGGUGCUUGAGUGCUUGAGGCAUGCUAGCAACAAGUCUUCUCUUUCAUAUUACCUUCUGCUAAGAUCUGAUGGCACAUAAGCCUUGCUGCUCUCUCAAAUAGAAACCAAGUUGGGUGCUUUCAUCUGCCCUCUUUUGAAUUGUAUUGAUUCCAAUUACAAGCCAGAAAGCAAAAAUGGAGGAGAACUCCUCACCACUCUGUGUCACCUGUGGCCAGGCACAUUUACCGGAGGAAAACCACUUGUACAGCUACACUGAGGAAGUAGAUGAUGAUCUGAUCUGCCACAUUUGCCUGCAACCUUUGCUUCAGCCGUUAGACACGCUCUGUGGUCACACCUUCUGCGCUGCCUGCCUUACAAACUUCCUCUUGGAAAAAGAUUUCUGCCCCAUGGACCGCAAGCUGGUGGCUCUCCAGAACUGCAGGAAGUCCAGCAUACUGGUGAAUAACCUCCUGGACAAGCUAAUGGUUAGCUGUCCUUUCACAGAACACUGCUCAGAGGUUGUGCAACGCGGUCACCUUGAACAGCAUUUCCAAACCCAAUGCAAAGGAGCAUCCCACUAUGGCCUUACCAAGGAGCGGAAGCGGCGUUCCCAGGAUUGCUCCCCAGACCGCAGCUCCAGCCUGGCAGUAGCUGCUUUGGGCCCUGAGCUUUCUGCAGCUGCAGCCAUCGCCUUAAUGACCGACGAGCCAGGACUGGUGAACCCAGCCUUCAGCCCCACCUCGGAGGACAGCCAGUUGGGUAGCGGCCCCAGGGACCUGCACUGCAGCAACCGCAACAGAACUCGACACUUUGAACGCUCCACUAUAAGAAGCAGAUCUUUUAAAAAAAUAAACAAGGCAUUCAGUGUUCUUCGAAGGACAAAAAGUGGAAGUGUGGUUUCCAACCAGGCUGACCAGGAAAGAGAGGCUGUUGGAAACUCUGUUGCUGGAGAAGAAGAUUCAGAAUGCUUCAUACCAAUCCCUGCAACAAAAACACAACACUCGGUGGAAAGACCUGCAAGAGUCACCAAAAACAAGACAGAAAAUUUACUUCUUUCUAGAUUCAGCAGCGCUUCAAUAUUUAAGGACUGGAAAUAUAAAAUGGUAAAGAAAGGUUUUCCCAGAUUGUAUCACCUGAUUCCAGAUGGUGAAAUCACCUGCAUUAAGAUCAACCGGACUGAUCCCCAUGAGAACCUGGCCAUUAGGAUUGUGGGAGGCAGCGAGACUCCUUUGGUUCACAUUAUUAUACAGCAUAUUUAUCGAGAUGGAGUAAUUGCCAGAGAUGGAAGAUUGCUGCCUGGAGACAUGAUACUGAAGGUGAACGGCAUGGACAUCAAAAACGUGCCUCACCACUAUGCCCUGUCCAUCCUGAAGCAGCCCUGCCAUGUGCUGCGGCUCACGGUGCUGAGGGAGCAGCGGUACCGGUGCCGAAGCAGCGGGCUCAGCCUCGAUGCUCACUGCAGCAGGGAUGACAGCUUCCACGUCAUUUUGAACAAAAGCAGCCCUGAUGAGCAGCUAGGGAUAAAGCUGGUCCGCAGGGCCGAUGAACCCGGCGUGUUCAUCUUCAACCUGCUGGACGGAGGAGUGGCUGCCCGUGAUGGCCAGCUGCAGGAGAACGACCGGGUCCUGGCCAUCAAUGGGCAUGACCAUCGGUACGGCAGCCCGGAGAGUGCAGCCCAGCUGAUCCAGGCCAGUGAGCGGCAUGUCCACUUUGUGAUAUCGCGGCAGACCAGAGAGCAGCCCCCCGACAUCUUGCAGGAGACGGGAUGGAUUUACAGCAGCAGCCUCCAGCCCUGUCCUGCUGAGAGGAUCAGUGCCAGUAAGAGCACUCUUCACACUGUCACCUGUCAUGAGAAGGUGGUGGCUGUCAGGAAAGAUCACACAGAAUCACUGGGAAUGACUGUGGCAGGCGGAGCAACAAACCGAGAAUGGGAUUUGCCUAUCUAUGUGAUAAGCGUUGAACCAGGAGGAGUUAUCAGCAGAGACAGCAGGAUAAAAACAGGUGACAUCCUCUUGAACGUGAAUGGGAUCGACCUGACAGGGGUCAGCCGGAACGAGGCUGUGGCCCUGCUGAAAAACACCAGCUCUUCAGUGGUGCUCAAGGCCCUGGAGAUGAGGACAUGUGAUGGCCGGGAGCGCAGCGAGGCUGCCGAGCACAGCGAGUGGUCGCCGUCCUGGGUGACGUGGCUGGGGCUGCCCCGGUAUUUGUACAGCUGCAAAGAAAUUGUAUUACGAAGAAAUACAUCCGGGAGCCUUGGCUUCAGCAUUGUGGGAGGCUACGAAGAACACAGUGGAAACAAACCUUUCUUUAUCAAAUCCAUUGUUGGGGGAACACCAGCAUACAACGAUGGAAGAAUCAGAUGUGGAGAUAUCCUCCUCGCUGUCAAUGGCAGAAACACAUCAGGAAUGAUGCACGCCUGCUUGGCAAGGAUGCUCAAAGAACUAAAAGGAAAAAUUACUCUCACGAUUGCCUCCUGGCCUGGCACUUUUUUAUAAAACAAAUCUUCAUGGAGAUCUCAAGAAGUAAUUUAACACAGAAGAAAGGCAAACAGAAACAAGAAACACUACAGCUGUCAGCCAUCUUUGCUUUUUGGGAGGCCAAAUAUGUGUUUAUAAAGAAAUGGUUUGUGAAAUUUCAACCUGCAUGUCAAGAAAAGCCAAGUUUAGACAAAGCAAAGGCACGUGUCAAAGAAUCACUUUAGAGUGAUUUAAGCUACAGACUUAAGUUAUUCCUUCCCCAUGUCCACAAGUUUUUGUUUUUUGGUUUUUUGUUUUUUUUAUAUAUAUCUAUUUAAUGCAUUAUAAUAAUAAUGAAAUUCAGGGAGCAGCACCUCCUGCUCACCCACUUUAUUUUGAUUUAGGAAAAGAAAUCCCUGAAUAACCUAUGGAAAAAAUCCUUGCAAUUUUUCUAAUUGCAAAAAUCAGGUGAAGAUUUUUAUCCAACACAUGAAUAGCACUUUGGUUAUGUGUACCUUUUUGGGUCAGCAUGAAGCUGAUAUUUUGAAGACUUUCAAGUACCCUUUGUUAUUCUGUAAAGCUGUGAAUUUCUAAAAUUAUUAAAAAUAACUGUAACUGUG